CCGGACGAAGACACGAUCAUCACAGGAAUUCACAACACGCUUUAUUCUAUCCAAAGAAAUGGGGCACCAGGAACGCAUUGGAACGGGGAGCGGCUCAUGAACUCUCUACCGAUGUGCCUGCAGAACUUGUGCAAGCUCCACCAUGUCAUCCGGGGAUGGGUGGUCUCGCAGAUCGCCGCACCAAGCAUUUCAUAUGAUACCCGGCUCGACCGUAUGCAAAAGAUGCUGGAUGUUAUCAUGGAGAGUCGACGAGCGAUGACAGGGUUCGGAGAGGAUCACAUCAAGUCUUCAACAACGACGCCGCUAGAUCCCGGAACUACAUCUGCAGCAGGAGUACCCUCGUUUGUCGAGAACGCUGUUGUGAGUGCUUUGAUUAGUCCGGAAAGUAGGGCUUUUACUCGAGUCUGGAUAAAGUUGGCAGCAGAUCGGAAAGGGUCGGUCGAAACCCUCGAAGACGUAUUGACAAUACGGCGUGAACGCGAGUCUACUGCGGCACUAUCGACCAUAUCAGACCAACCCAUCACGACAUCGCAGGAGUUGGUACCGGCUGUUGGAUGGUUGAUAGAGCGACUACUGGAAACAUGCUGCUAUGUCCGCGAUAUGUGCUAUGAAUCGCCUAUGCUUGUGAAUUUUGAUAAGCGGCAAUAUGUUUAUGACCUCAUCCAGAUAUAUACACGACGGCAGGAACAGUUGCGGAGUAUACAAAAGGUAUCGACACCCCUUUCUUCUUGGCUUGGUCUAUCCACUGGUCCAAGCUCGAAUUUGCCUAUGAAACUUGUCCGCGAAUCAGCCCAGAGGGAAGCCACCAGCCAGCGUGGUGGCUCGAACGGACAGUUAUCCAAUGCCACCAACCUAUCCGGAAGAUCCUCGCGACCCAUCAAGAUCUUUUCAAGACUUGUGGCUCUACAGCACGAAAAGGUGAAGAGGGACCAGAAAGAAUAUGAGAAGCUGGAGAAGCAGAUCAAAGACACCCAAGGUCGGAUCCAGAAGGCUCAGCAGGAACAAGCCAAGAAUCUGGAGAAGCAGAUCAAGCUGGAGCAGAGCCGAAGUCGGGUCAAGAAUCAACUCCUAAAGUCGACCUUGAUGCCCCAUCAACGUUCGAUCCAGCCACAGCCACGGAUUGUGUCUAGAACAGGAAGCAUAUAUUCACUGUCCAACCCCAAAUCCGUCCUGGUCAUCAAUCUGAUUAACUCGACCUGUUCUGUCGCAUACACAUAUACGAAGCGCGAUUUUGUCUUCAAGAUUAUCACAGAGGAAGGUGGUCAAUCGCUAUUCCAGGCGCUAGACUGCGAUGAUAUGCUGAAGUGGAUUAAGAUUUUGAACGAAGCCGCUGCAGAGGCGACGGCGAAGAGACGAACGCUUUUGGAGAACGAAGAAACGAUAAAAAGCGAUAUGGAGGCAGCGCAGCAGAUGCAGGAUGCUCCGGUGGUUGUGGAAAAUGAGCUAUUCGGCGUGGAGUUGCGCCAUCUUAUGAGCGAGGGGAAUGUUCCCCUAAUCGUCGAGAAGUGCAUUACCGAGAUUGAAAAGCGAGGCCUUGAAGAGAUUGGAAUAUAUCGAGUACCUGGUGCUGUCUCUGCCAUCAACAGAUUGCGACUAAGCUUCAAUUCUGGCUCAGAAAACGUUGACCUGGACAGCGACGAAUGGAAGGAUAUCAAUGUCGUUGCUGGGGCUUUGAAGCAAUUCCUGCGCGAGUUGCCCGAGGCUGUUAUGACCAGUGCUCUGUACGAUUCGCUGAUCGCGGCGUCCGCACUGGAAGACUAUGAUGAGCGACUGUUGACUAUGAAGGACUUGAUUCGCGCCCUUCCCACUCCUAACUACAUUCUCUUGAAGAGAGUCAUUGAACACCUGGAACGAGUUACAGACUUUGAAGAGGUCAACCACAUGUAUGCGACCAACCUCGCCAUUGUCUUUGGCCCAACACUCUUGCGACCUGGUGGCAACUCUGCCAACUCGUUCGCAACAUCGAUGAAAAACCUAGGCCACCAGCAGAACAUUGUACGCAACUUAAUUCUCCAGUACCAUUGGCUCUUUGAUGUCGAAGAUGAGGAAGGCACCGGGGAAGUAGAAGACGAGGAGGAUGAAGAAGAAGGAGGACUAGGAGAGUUCCCGGAGAUCCUAGAGGAUAGCGACGAAGGCGAUUAUGAAGGUGAUGAUGACGAUGACGACGUGGGCAAAGUAGGAGAUACAGAAACGGAGGUGCAGAAGAGCAAAGACGAGGAUAAAGUGGUGGUCCUAUCGGCUUCACAGCCAAACUUUCUGGUAGCGGACAUCAAGGAGGCCGACAAGGACAAGGAGAAGAACUCAAAGAAUCAGCGGAGGAAAACAAUCAUUUUUAGAUAGGGCCGGAAGAGCUUGCAGUUCAGAUCCAAAGGGCACAAUAGCAUUGUACAAAUUUGGGGCGAUGAAGACGCAUGCAUUUGUUUCCCAUCGCCAUUGACAUGUAGUGUGAAGUUUAAUGCCGGCACGAAGGGAAAAAAAAAAAAAAUAGGGUGACGACGGCAUGAAAAAGUACGGAUAGCUGAAAAAUGGACUACGGAUGCACAACCUCAAAAGGGGAGAAUGAGG